AUGGAGAAGAAAGCAGUCCUCGAUGAUCGCCAGGAUACAGACGCCGGUACCAUCGUUCCGUUUCCCCAGACCAAGCGCGGUCUUUCGUCGCGCCAUGUGCAGUUGAUGGCUAUUGGUGGCUCCAUUGGGACCGGCUUGUUUGUGGGAAUCGGCGCGUAUCUUCGCGAUGCAGGUCCCCUCUCGCUGUUGCUAGGAUAUCUGAUCUGGGGGAUCGCGUUCAUCCUUCCCAUCAACCUCAGCGUCGGCGAGAUGUGCGCCUACCUGCCCAUCCGAGGGUCGAUCUUUGAGCUGGCGGCGCGAUACGUCGACCCGGCGUUUGGAUUCGCCAUGGGAUGGGUUUACUUCUACGCCGGGCUGAUGCUUGUCUGCACCGAAUACUCCGCCGUCGCCUUCAUCAUGGACUACUGGCAGAUCGACGUUAACCCAGCGGCCUGGGUUGCCAUGGCCAUGGUCAUCUGCCUAGCGCUCAACCUCGUCGCCGUCAAAUACUACGGCGAAGCUGAAUUCAUUAUGGCCUCGACCAAAAUCCUGCUCCUCCUCGGCCUCAUCUUCCUCACCUUCAUCACCAUGGUCGGCGGCAACCCUAAACGCGACGUCUACGGCUUCCGCCACUGGACUGACGGCGUCAUGUACGAAUACUACACAGACGGCGCCACCGGGCGCUUCCUUGGCUUUUUCUCGGUCAUGGUCUACGCGGCCUUCACCAUCGCUGGGCCAGACUUACCCGCGCUCGCCGCUGGAGAGAUCCAGCACCCACGCCGCACCAUCCCGCGCGUCGUGAAAAUGACCUUCUGGCGCAUCGUCGGCUUCUAUGUCGUCGGCGUGCUCGGUGUCGGCAUUAUCUGCGACUCCCACGAUUCGCGACUCAUGUCUGCGAUCGACUCGGGCGCGUCCGGGUCUGCCGCUUCGCCGUGGGUGAUCGGUAUCGAGAACCUGGGCAUCACCGGCUUGCCCGAUCUUAUCAACGUGCUGAUCCUGUUCUCGGGCUGGUCCUGCGGAAACGCCUACCUGUACAGCUCCAGCCGCACGCUGUAUUCGCUCGCGCGCGACGGCCAGGCGCCCAAGUUCCUGACCAAAUGCACCAAGGACGGCGUCCCCGUUUACUGUGUGAUCGUCGUCACGCUGCUGUCGUGCGUCACUUUCCUGGUAGCCGACAAUGCCUCCAUCAGCGUCUUCUACUGGUUUGUCGACUUGACCACUAUCGGGCUGGUCCUCACCUACACCAGCAUGGCCUGUACCUUCCUUGGCUGGUACCGCGCCCUGCGUGCCCAGGGUAUCGAUCGCAAAAGCUACUUGCCCUGGAUCUCGCCGUUCCAGCCAUACAUGGCUAUCUUGGCGGUGAUUCUCGGUUUCAGCACGGCGCUGUUUAACGGGUAUGCCGUGUUCAAGCCAUUUAAUGCUCAGGGUUUCGUCACCUCGUACUUUGGACUGGCGUUUUUUGUCGUCAUGUUUGUGUUCUGGAAGGUGUUGAAACGCACCAAGUGGGUUGAUCCUGCUACGGCGGAUCUCUACACGGGUAAGGCAGAGAUCGAUGAGGAGUGUCGCAUCUGGGAAGAUGGCACCUGGGACGAGAAACACAAGGCAGAGCUGGCCCAGAUGAAUAUUAUACGCCGGACGUGGGAGCGAAUGUGGUGA